GCUCCUAUCCUGACUUUCCCACCCUGCCCCCGGUACCAUGGCGUCCAGCGAGGAGGACGGCACGGUUGAGGAGAAAGAAAACAACAACAAGAAGAGAUCGAAAAGUGCCCUCGCGACCGCAUGGCUCACUUUCUACAACAUCGCCAUGACCGCCGGGUGGCUGGUUUUGGCCAUUGCAAUGAUGCGCUUCUACAUCCAAAAAGGCACACACAAGGGUCUGUACAGAAGUAUAGCAAGGACACUCAAGUUUUUCCAGACGUUUGCAUUAGUUGAGGUGGGACAUUGUGCCAUCGGAAUCGUGAGGACUUCUGUGAUUGUAACAGGGGUUCAAGUGUGUUCACGGAUUUUCAUGGUUUGGUUCAUCACCAACAGCAUCAGACAGAUCCAGAAUGAAGAAAGCGUAAUCCUAUUCCUGGUUGUGUGGACGGUGACAGAGAUCACCAGAUAUUCCUACUACACAUUCAACCUGCUCCACCACCUACCGUACUUCAUCAAAUGGGCCAGAUACAACCUCUUCAUCGUCUUGUAUCCCCUGGGGGUUAUCGGAGAACUGCUGACUAUUUAUGCUGCUCUACCAUUUGUACGUAGAUCUGGAAUGUACUCCAUGAGGCUUCCCAACAAGUAUAAUGUGUCCUUUGACUACUACUACUGCCUCAUCGUCGUUAUGCUGUCCUACAUCCCACUGUUUCCUCAGCUCUACUUUCACAUGCUGCGGCAGAGGAGAAGGGUGCUUCAUGGGGAGGUCAUAGUGGAGAAGGACGACUAGACAAGCACCACCUCGGAACUUUGUUAGGGCCAGCCUACCCCCGCUUCAUCUCCAUCUCAUCUUUUGCACCAUUGGCCAUUACAUUCUUCAUUGCACAGGACGGGAAGGGCAGCACAGAUGACAACCUGUCUGAUGAAAGUGAGAACCAGCGUGUCUCAUAUACAGGAUUAAUUCCUAUCUGAAUCAUAAUAUUGGAAACAUGUUUACAAUCCCAGUGUUGUUAGAGCUUGAGACAGAAGCCUGGCAUUGUAUCUCAGCAUAGAGAGAGAUCCUGAGUCCUUUAUUUACCCUGCAGCCUGACCUCAUCUUGUUGGACCGAACCAUAGCAGCUGAAAAAUACACUGAUCAUGAAAAGCAAAAACAAAUGAGAGGUUUCCAGGGAAAUUUAAAAUGAAACAUGGCAAGAAGAUUUUGAGUUCAUUAUGAGUUGUCCCAAUGUCACCCCUCCAUCCUACACAAUUGGCAGUUUUAUAAAAAAAAAUUUUUUUGUAUUCCACCACAGUUUUUAUACAAACAUAGUGUGGAUGUACAAGAGGAGAUUUCAAAAGAAUAAAUAUUCAGUUCAAUUAUACCUCAACAAUAAAUCUACAUUUAGACAAUACGCUGCUUCUUUUGUGUAUGUUUGUUUUACCUUGUGUAAAUUAUGAAAUAAGCAGGUAUUAGUAAGCAUAUUUCUUAAAGAUGAUUUAAUCACAUACUGUAUCACUUAGAGCAAACACAGCUCAAACUUAACAUUCUGUCUUGCUAGGCUCAACUCCUGCAUUAUUUAAUGUUGCCCUUGAUGUUUACUAUGUCAAAUUAAUUUACAGGAGUGCAUCCUAAAAUUAUUUGAGUCUUCAAAAAGGAGUAUCUUUUUCUAUAAACUGCUAAAGGUAAGGGUUCAAUUCAAAUUCAUUUGAGCACUCAGUCUUCAGUAACUGUUAUGUCUGUUUUUUAACAAAGAGUCUAAUGUCCAUGGUGAUAGAGAGGUAGUUGGAUUCCCUCCUACUUGUAACAUCGAUUCAAUCUUCUGUGCAGCUGAAGGAAUGACUGGAACUGGAACUUUGACCUAAAGCAGGAAAACAGCAUGUGAAAUGAUGAGAGGACAUGUUAGUUGAUGAAUUGCCUAUGCAUGGUUAUCUAAGGAAAUCAACUGCUUUGCUAAGAGACGAGAAAAACAAUCAAAUUCAAUGUCGAAAAGAAGUAACUGGAAAAGGUAUUUUUUCAAUAAAAACAAUAGAAAUGUAAAAAUACCCAUGUGUGCAAAAUCAAUAAACAAAAUUCUACAAUA